AUGUCAAUUCUCUUUUUGACAGGUCAUCCUGGAAAAGUUAGUGUUAUGGCUACGGCUAUUUCGCCAUUUGCGUCUACGAAAGAGACUACCAACUAUGCAAGGCUAUGCCGCCUCCUGGUGGAUGUUGGAUCUCAGGUGCUUAGGUCCACUUUUGACACAAUACAUCCACCAGCGACUCUAUAUACAGUUUUGGGAAGUACCUCAGUGCAUUACGCCACAUUGCAAUCACUGUACAAAGGGAGGAAGAAAGUGCUGAAUCCCACGCAGUGGGGAAAGUUGUACCCUACUCACGCACCCGUGUCUUCUGCAGCCUUCGAUAUCACACUUCUAACGGUGCUUCUUAGAAAUAUCUGUGGUUUGGGCCCUCCUGCCAAUGGAUGGGAUCGUCUUCCCCUAGCUACAAACAUAAGCAUCGCAGAUGACAUCGCCAGAGUGAAGUAUUACAGGAACACUGUAUACGGUCAUGGUUCUCAAGCCUCUGUGGAUGACAGCAGUUUCAGUGCUUACUGGCAGGAAGUAAGAGAAGCUUUGGUGAGACUCGGAGGAGCUCAUUUUAGAGCUGAAAUCGACAACCUUGAGCACGACUGCAUGGAUCCAGAUAUCGAGGAGCACUAUCGUCAACUGAUGAAACAAUGGAAGAAAGACGACGACAGCAUCAAAGACAAGCUUGAAGAAAUUGAAAGUAAGUAAAACAUUAUCCACUGCCAAUGUGGAUGAAUCAGAAGGCUACAAAAGUAUAUAUUUCGGUAAUUGUGAAGAAGAGCUCCCCAAAAAACCUGUCGGCCGACUGUCGGUCAACUGUCGGCCGACAGUCGGCCGACAGUUGGUCGUCUGUCGGCCGACAGUCGGCCGCCUGUCGGCCGUUUGUCGGCCGACAGUUGGCCGACAGACGGCCGACAGGUUUUGCCCGAAAUAUAGGCUACCUGUCGGCCGACAGUGGACCGACAGUCGGCCGACUGUUGGUGAUGUGUCGGUAACCUGUCGGUAGCUUGUUGGAAGCUUGUCCGUGAAAAGUUAACACAAACCUUAAUGUUUUCUCUCGGUUUUCGCUUGAUACAACAUCCAACAUGUGUAAUACGUUGACAAUCGACUUUCAAGAUUUGGUGGCUCCUAAAGGAGCCGUUUUGUGAGUAGAAUCGUGAUUUUAGCGGCGCGCGCCUAAAUCAAUUAUCGCAUCACGCAUCCAAGUCUAAUUAUCGAAUUGUUGCGUAUAGUAAUUUAUUACUUAACAUAAUGAGUAAAAAGAUUCACAGUUGUAUCAUUUAUUAAACUUGAAAUUGGAAAUAGCAAUUCAUCCCAAACCUGCAAGAUAGAGGACGAUGUUAGCAACACAAAUGCACAAGGUAAACAUCAUUGAUACAUACAUAACAUACCAUAAGAGGCAGCGUUGCAUUGUUGGGCGAUUUGAACAAAAGUGUUUGUAUUGAUACGUAGCUUAUGGUUAUCAGAGUUUUUGGCCGAGUUUUCGAUUAAAUUAUCUUCCAAUGCGAUUCUUAGAUUGUCUGGUGUGUUGUAAAUUACGCAAGUGAUAUAUCUUAUACGCAUCUGAUAACAACAUUUUGGAAGAAACGUUUCUUUACAUACUUUCAACUUUGCCGUCGAUCGGUAAGUAGGUGAAGUCUGUCGAGUCAUACAUCACCAUUACGGAUGGUUAUGUCACGUUAACUGUUCGUUUUUAACACAAUUUUUCUUUUUUCUUAACCUGUCGGUAACCUGUUGGUUAGCUGUCGGUAGACUGUCGGUAACCUGUCGGCCGACAGUUGACCGACAGUCGGCCGACAGGUUUUUUGGGGAGCUCUUCUUCACAAUUACCUAUAUUUCCCAUUAACACGGUAGUGUAGGUCAGCUCAUGAUGUUUUCAUCAUUGUCGGAACUAGUCUCAUAUUUGGAAGGUAUAUUUGCGUUGUGUGUAAAAUGAAGAAUUAACCCAAAUGUUGACACUAUGUUUUAAUUUGCAGUAUUUUUGUCUGUUCGUGGGUACUUGUGUACAACAGCUAGAGUGCAUUUGUUGAUUUCUAAGCGUCUUAUUUCGUUUGAUCUAUUCGGAAUCGACUAGAUAUUGAUAUACAUAUCAUUGUUUUAUCUGCACCUAACGUGAAGCUGCGAUAUAAAUUUGCUUAUGAAAAUGCGCAUACCUUUUGAAAUUUUCAGAUUCAGACUACUCACAGCAAAAAAAAUUAUUAAGAGCGACGCUGUUUUCUUGGGUACAUAGCGCAGCUCAUAUGCAUUACGACGGUAAGCGCUGGAUGUCGGCCAACACAGCAUACUUUACUAGUCUAAGAGCACACCUUGACUGGGAUGCCACGGAAUCUGAGAUUUUCUGCCCUGGCUACCUCUCGGAUUUGAUGGUGUUUUGACAGCCCUCAUACAUGUGUAUCAUCGUAGUCGGGAUAGUUUAUCGUCUUAUUUUAGUAUUACCUUUCUUAUAAUGAACCUAACUUCCUAGUAGCGUUAGAUGUGACCCGCAUAUUUCGGAAUGAAAUAACCAAAUCCUUCCUCCUGGCGUAUUAGAGUAUUCAAUUCUACAUGGGAAAAUAGUUAAAUGGGGAUCGUUUUGAGUAAAAUAGGUUAGAAUAAGAUGUUUGUGGUUAUUUUACAUUUCCUGAGGAAAAGACUGUCGGCAAAACCUCCCACUUCAUUGAAGGCGGGUCUCUAGAUUUCUCCAGCUUUGAAUCACCGCCGUGUCGGGUUACUCAGGAUGUUUUCAUUGAGGACGGAACUAGUCACAUACUUGAAACGUUAUUCUAGCGUUAUGUGUGAAAAAUGAAGAAUUAACCCAAAUGUUCACACUUUGUUUUCAUCGGCAGUAUUUUUCUGUUCGUGGUUGCUCGCGUAUAAUUGCUGGAGUGCAUUUUUGUAAUUUCUAAGCGUCCUAUUGAGUUUGAUCUAUUCGGAAUCGACUAGAUAUUGAUAUACGUUUCAUUGUUUUGUCUACACUUAAACGUGAAUCUGUGGUGUAAAUGUGCUUAUGAAAUUGCGCUUAUCUUUCUUACAUUUCCAGAUUCGCUAGAAAAGAUGAGGCACGACCUCAGAGACACAACUGAGAAGAUAGAGAUUAAAAUGAAGGAGGUUUUAGAGACGCUUAGUAGCCAGGCGACCACAGUGGAAAAAAGCACAGAUGAAGGUUGGUUACUAGAAAGAGCUACUCACAGAUAAACUGACCUACCAACAGGGAUUUAUUAAAACAUCUUUUGAGCAUGACCACAUUAUUCGCGUGAUGUCGGCCAAUUUAACAUUUUAUUAGGUAAUGUAUUGUUGUAAGAGCACACCCUGGCUUCCAACCUGCCCUGGCUACAAAUGAAGAUACUUGGUUAUGUGUGGGAUGAAUGGGAUGGCACGGAUGUGAGGCUACCUCACGGUGUUGGAUAGUUUUCUGACAACACUCAUACAUAUUUAGCUUAGAAGGCUAUUGUCUUAUACUAGUUUUACUUUUGUUGAGGACAUAGGGAGAAAUGAGAGGGCGGAAAGGCGUUCUUUGGUUUUUAUUAAUUAGUUCUUACAAUUUCGCUUUUACCGACAAAAAUAUUUCUUAGACUAUCGGCUCCAAUGAAAUCAAUAUUUAUCUCCUGAGUUUCACUAUUAGAAACUGCUGAAGCCGGGCCAUAAGGUUUUUUAGAAUGUUGUAUAGAAUAAAAAAAGUACACAGAGGAAGGGAAAAGGAUCUAUUCAGUUAACUUUUAAUGAAUAAAGUGACUCCCACUCGGACUAAAAGUUCCAAUGUUAUUCCACAAAGGGUCUCUUGAGAAAAUGAGAAGCGAAAUGGCAAAGAUAGACAGUGAACUUAAAGAAGUGAAGGGAAAGCUGUGUACUUUGGCAGCCCCUGUGGGAGAAAGCAAGGAUGAAGGUCAGUUGAAUUAUACAAUAAAAGUUAUCCUGCUUAACCGUUAAUUUAGUCGUAGUAAACAUGUUCUGUAUGUUAGAGAGAUCAUCCUAUCUUAAAGAGAUUCAGUUUUUCAAUUUAAACAAUCUCUGGAAUAGCCUCUCUGGUGUGCUUUCCUUCCCUUCAAUUAUUUAAACUUUCACCCUUAAAUAGCCCGGAAACAUUAUAUUUUUAUAAGAAUGGAGAACGAUAUAAAAAUGAAGUACAGUUUUAACGAAAAUAUUGGCAUUAAGUUCGGCUCCAUGUUAGAAAUUAACAGAGUAGGUUCGACGGCAUUUAUAAGCUAAAUGGCCUUUGGUGAUUAACAUGAAUCAUACAUUGAUACCUUUUUUCAUUGUCCAAUUAAGUUCUUUAGCGAUGGUGUCGUACACGUUCACUUAUUUAAAUUCAGUGCCGAAUACCUAAUAGCAUUGAAUGUGAUCUGCAUAUUUCUGAAUAAAAUAAGUAAACCCUUCCUUCGCUCAUAUUGUGGAGUAUUCAAUUCUACAUGGGAAAAUAGCUGAAUGAGGAUCGUCUUGAGUAAAAUGGGUUAGAAUAAGAUGUUUGUGGUUAUUUUACAUUUCCUGAGGAAAAGACUGUUGGCAAAACCUCCUACUUCAUCGCAGGCGAGCCUCCAGUUUUCUGCAGCAUUUUUAAUGAAACCGCGUGACAAAGAAGGCAGAAAGACGUUGUUUGGUUUUCAUUUAUUAGUUCGUAGUCUCGCUAUAUCCCGAAAAAGCCUUGCUCAGACUACGGCUCCAAUGAUAUGAAUAUCUAUCUCCCGAGUAAUUUAUUUUACGACAGAGUUUCACUGUUAGACACCGCUAAAGUCGAACAAACAGAAUACGUUCAACUGAAUUCAUAAUCUAAAUGGCUUUUAAUCAGUAGGCAUGAAUCAUACACUAAAACCUUUUUGCAUCGUCCAAGUAAUUUCUUUGGCAACGGUAUCGUACUCAUUCGCAUAUUUAAAUUCAGUGCCGAAUGACAGGGACGUACCACAAUUUUCAACGCGGCAUUCAUUAGAUUUAUUACCUAUUUUGCUACUGCUAGGUGUUUUUGAUCCAACUGAGCUUAUCAAUGGAAUUCGCCAGCUGUACAAGACUCGCGAGGGAUGGCUCUCACCAUUUCCAUGGUGUGAAGAGUUUCAGUUUUUUCUUGGCAAUAUUUUUACAAGGCUCAAAGUGGUCAGAAGAAAGAAAACGAGAGGAGAAAUCACUGACGUAUUUGUUGACAUGUCGUCAAUACUAGACCCGUAUGAAGAGUGUUCAGCGCCGAGAACGGUGUUGAUUGAAGGAGAACCUGGUAUGGGAAAAACCACCUAUUGUAAAAAGUACACCUACGACUGGGCUACAAAACAGCAAGAACUUCAGGGCUGCGGCUCAACAGCAUUAAAAUUGGUAUUGUUGCUGAAAUGUCGAGAUAUUCACUCUGACGUUUGGGAAGCCAUUGAUGAUCAGCUGCUGCCCCUAGGCAUCGAUGAAAAAGUCAAACAACAAUUUUUUCAGUUUAUUCGUGAAAAUCAGUCCAGCAUUUUAUUGAUAUUGGAUGGAUUGGAUGAGUUACCAUCCGGGAAAUUGUCGAUGUUUUCCAAAUUAAUUGAAGGAAGAGAACUCCCUAGAUGCCACAUAGUUGCAACAGCAAGACAAGAAGCUGGAAAAGAGGUGAGAAAAUGUUGUGACGCGCUGCUUCAGAUCGAAGGAUUCACUGAGAAGCAUGUGAUAGAAUUUGUCACCAAGUACUUUAAAGAAAGGACGGAUUUAGCCACCAAGCUCUCGCAACGGAUGUCGCGAGAUAAAAACCUGAGAGAAAUAGCGGCCAAUCCUCUAAACACAGCACUUCUUUGCCUUUUAUGCGAAGAGUUUGAGGGCACACUCCCAGAAAGCAGAGCUCAACUGUACUUGGACAUGGUUGAAUGUGUUUUGAGAAGAUAUAGAGAAAAGAAGGGACUAUUAGAAAAGAUCGAAGACCUGACAAACCAUUACAAACCGCAAUUGAAUCACCUUGGAAAGGUAGCGUUGAAUGCUUUACUUGACGAUAAGCUGCAUUUAAAUGAAAGUGAAUUGAGAAACCAUGCAAAAGACCUGACUGAAUUUGGGUUUCUGUCAGUGCAGCCUGGUGGCAGCAAACUGAGACAAACACUGCAUUAUGCCUUCUUACAUAAAAGUUUUCAAGAAUUCUUUGCAGCAUUCUUCAUUUGUUCUCAGAUUCAAAGCAAGGAAAUGAAACCUGAAGAACUAGUUUCCGAUCCAAGGUAUUUCGUUGAACUUGAACAAAUACUUUUGUUUUCGUGUGGAAUUUUGGCCAUGAAAUGCGAUGAACAGGUUGUGGCUCUUGUAAAGAGUUUAACAAAUGAAGUCAACAAAAAUGAAGGCGGUGGUGCAAAAAUUGUAUUGAAGGCCAUCAACGAAUGCAAAAGGGAAAAAAACGAUUCUCACUCGCAUUUAUCGAAGUCGUUUGGUACUGGUUUGAAUCUGACCAAUUUGGAUUUGCGAAGGAAUGGUAUUAGUGAUGCGGGUGCUACAUGUAUUGCUGAGGCAAUCAAAGUGAACAAGACGCUAACCAAUUUAUAUUUGCGAAACAAUAGUAUUAGUGCUGCGGGUGCUACAUGUAUUGCUGAGGCAAUCAAAGUGAACAAGACGCUAAUCAAUUUGGAUUUGCGAAAGAAUGGUAUUAGUGAUGCGGGUGCUGCAUGUAUUGCUGAGGCAAUCAAAGUGAACAAGACGCUAACCAAUUUGGAUUUGUCUUGGAAUGAUAUUAGUGCUGCGGGUGCUAGAUGUAUUGCUGAGGCAAUCAAAGUGAACAAGACGCUAACCAAUUUGGAUUUGUCUUACAAUGGUAUGAUAGUAAGCAGGUACCUUUGA